CUGAACUUCAAGUCCUCACUCACUCUCUAGAGUAAGACCGAAGUCUCCAUCAGCAUGUCAUCUUAUGGUAGAACUGUAUCAGAGUCCAUGUCCAUUAGAGGUGGUGUUGGACGAAGGGCUAGUGGCUUAUGGGCUAGAAGUGCCCAUGGUGGAGCAGGAGGCUCUGGCGUUUAUAUUUCCCAAGCCUCUCAGCCUUUGUUGAUUGGCCCAUCUAGAGGAGGUGGAGGCUUUGUUUCUAGUGGUGGUCUCGGUUCAGCCACUGGUAUAGGUAUUGGUUCAGGUAUUGGAGCAAGCUCUGCUGCAGGUUAUGGUGCUGUGCUUGGAAGUGGUGCUGGGUUUGGACAUGGUGCUGGGUUUGGACAUGGUGCUGGGUUUGGACAUGGUGGUGGGUUUGGACAUGGUGGUGGAUUAGGAAGUGGUGCUGAUUUUAAUUUCGGAACUGGGUUUGGAGGUGGCAUUGGACGAAUGGAUGAUGGCAUAGUGGGCAAUGAGAAGUUCACCAUGAGGAUCCUCAAUGAGCGUCUGGCCUCCUACCUGAAGAAGGUGCACAUUUUGCAAAAGGCCAAUGCAGAGCUUGAGCUGAAGAUCAGUCAGUUUGUGGACAGCAGGACUUCACCUACUACACGGGACUACUCUGAAUCCUUGACUACCAUCAGUGAGCUCCAAACUAAUAUUCUGGAUGCCAUUCGUUUGAAAGGUGUGGUCCAUAUCAACCUUGACAAUGCCACAUUGGCUGCAGAUGACUUUAGGAUCAAGUAUGAGAAUGAAUUGGCCCAGCGUCAGGCCGUCGAGGCCGAUAUCUCUGGACUGAAGAGGCUGCUGGAUGAUAUCAACUUGAGCAAGUCAGAGCUCACUCUGCAGAUUGAUGCCCUGAAUGAGGAGAAGGUCUACCUGAAGAAGAUCCACAAUGAGGAAAUGGUGACCACACGCAGCAAGAUGAGUGGACAGAUCCAUGUGGAGGUGGAGUCUGCACCACACCAAGAUCUUACCAGCGUCCUGGAGGAUAUGCGAGAUCACUAUGAGACCAUCGCUUCCAAGAACCGGAGAGAUCUCGAGGCCUGGUUUAAGGGCAAAUUAGAGACCCUGAAACAAGAGGUUGCUGUCAGCGCAGAGACCGUAGAUACGUCCAAAACAGAACUGACUGUAGAGAAAACCAAAGUGCAGAGUCUGGAUCUGGAGCUGCAGUCUGUUCUGGCCGUGAAAUCAUCCUUGGUUUCCAAACUGACAGAGACACAGGCUUUCUACUCUACAUGCUUGUCAGGAUACCAGCAGCAGGUUACAAGUGUAGAGGUACAGCUGCUGCAGCUUCGAGCUGAUCUGGAGCGUCAGAGUCGGGAUUAUCAGAUGCUCCUGGACAUCAAGACCAGACUGGAGAUAGAGAUCGCAGAGUACAGGAGACUGCUGGACAUAGGGGCCAGUGGGAGUGUCUUGGUUUCUACUGACAAGAGCUCUGCUACCAAAGCGACUCCCCAGGCGGCUCCCCAGACGGCUCCCAAGGCUCAGGGGGAGGAAUCGACUGGAAAAUAAAACGUGUCCCUUAAACAACUGAUGACACGGUGGAAUGUAUUUCACUAAAGCAUGCAGACAAGUAAUAAAGAAACAUUUCAAUCA